CUCAGCUAUCAUGCUGUAUUGCUCCUGUUGCUCUACACUUUAUCGGACUGGAAUAUUUUUUCCCGGUGCUUCUCAGCGUAGUCUAAUUGAGCGCUAAAAGAUAUGCACACUUCAAAGGCCAGUAAAGCCAGUGCCAUUCAUCCGUCGGAGAGUGCGCAGAAAGACAUCUAUCGUACAGUAGUAGCUCUAGCUUGGCAACCGGAACGAGAUGGUAAAUUUAGCUGACCUUAUUACAGCCGACGACUGUCGCGAAGUGGUGCGGAGUUCCCUCGGUGAAGGGUUUCGUGUGAACAACUAUCGACUGGAGAAAGUUAAGGGACAACCUGGAUUCUUAGGCGAGUACGCCCACUUGAUAGUGACCACAGUUCAGCUAGAAACAGAGCAGACUCAAGAGCACUCUUAUUUUGUCAAGUGCUUGCCAUUUACCGAUCCGAAGCAACGCGAGAUAGUACAAGAAAUAGGCAUAUUCACCAAGGAAGCUGUUUGUUACCGAGAACUCUUUUCCAAGUUUGAGCAGAGUCCCGAAAAGGUACUGAAAUGGAGACCGGACUGCUGGUUGGCACGGGACGAUCUGAUGGUGAUGGAAGAUCUUGUCGACGCGGGCUUCCGAGCUAUGCCGUUUCAAAGACCAUUCGGAAGAGAACACCUGACGCUGAUAUUUGAACGCAUGGCGCAAAUGCAUGCCUGUUCGCUCGAUUUGGAGUACAAUCAGAUGAAGGGAAAGAAGCUUGGCGAAAGGUUCGGAGAAAUGCUGUACGAGACGACGUUCAUGAGGAAGAAUCCAUGGUUCGAAGCGGGUUUGGAGGGUAUUCUCAGGGUAGCCUUAGAUGGUUCAAGGUACUCACAAAAUUCGGAGUACAGAUCAAUCAUCCAAUCCCAGCUGAUGGACAAAAUGGAUCGCAUCUACGAAUUAUCCGAGCCAUCUGGCCGCUUUCAGUCGGUAAUAGUUCAUAAAGAUCUGUGGUACAACAAUUUGAUGUUUCGAUUUGAUCAGACUCAAACAGGGGAAGUGUUGUACGAAAAACCGUUGGACUGCGUUCUAUUCGAUUUUCAAAUCUCGAGAUAUCAAGCACCGGCCAUCGAUUUCCUGUGCGCCAUCUACCUGUUGACUUGUAGAUCCCAUCGCGAUGAGUCAUACGACUUCUAUGUGAAAUACUACUAUGAACAGUUGCAACAAAAGCUGAGUAAACUUCAUCUACAAGCGGAAACCGUUCUUCCUUGGGAGCAAUGGCUGGGGAGUUUGGAGCACUAUAAGUUGUUCGGUUUGGUGUGGUCCGGAGUUUUGCAUGCGUACGUGAACCUUCCGGAGGGUUACAUUGCGCAGCUGCACGAGAGUGAUCCCAAAGCGUAUCACGAGUUCGGACUCGUUAGUAGAGACGCCGUAUUGAUGAAGUUCUUCCGAUCGGAUGUAUAUUACCGAGAAAGGUUGCUUGAUUCGGUUGACGAAACGUUAGAAUAUUUAUUCGGGUUCAAAUAAAUUAUGCAAUUAAGUUUGUGUUUUAAUUUCUA